GCAUUACCCCCUAAGAAGAAAUAUGGCAUACUUGCAGGUAGCAUAAUACUAAUUGCCUUAGUGUUUUUAUUCAUUUUUUUCGAAAGGCCUAUUUUAUCAGCGAUUGCACCGGUUGCCGCUAAAUUCCGUGAAAUUAAGUAUGGAUAUUUAAUAAUUUCAGCGUGUAUUAUAGUGUCUAGUAUUCCACCAAUUCCAGGUGGUUUUGCAUAUGGUUUUCCAAUGGGAUUUCUUCCUGUAUAUCCUGCAGCUUUAAUAGGAGCAAGUCUAAGUUUUUUUAUUUGUCGUUUGUUAUGUCUUGGGCGAGCAACAAAAAUGGCAGAGAAACAAGGAAAUUUUUAUAAACUAUCUUUAGCAAUUGAGGAAGGUGGAUUUUGGGUCAUAUUCUUAAUAAGACUUAGUCCAUUCCCAUUCACAUAUUCAAAUGCAUUCUUUGCAGCAGUUCAAUCAGUCUCAUUUACUAAAUUUUUUAUAGUAACAGCAAUUACGCUUCCAAAGAUAUUAAUUCAUAUUUUUAUUGGGUCAAGACUUCAUAAUCUUGCCGACGAAAUGGAUCCAACGUCAAGAAUAGUCAAUUAUGUUUCACUUGGAGUUGGGAUAUUAUUCCUUUUUGUCGCAACUUAUAUUAUUUAUAAUAAAAUGAAUAAAGUGGUUGAAAAAGCCGCUGCUAAAAGAUUCUUGGAGAAAGGAGAUGUUGAAAGUGCGUUUGAAACUGAUAAUGAAGAUGAUGGAUCUAUAUUAUACGCUGGAGACGAAACAGUAGUUGAAGAAGAUAUUAGUCACCAUUAUUAUAAAAAUGAAUUGAACUUGGCCUAA